AUGGCGACGGGGACAGAGGGCGUUGGCGCAGGAGGCAACGCUUUCAUCACGUCCCUGAAUCCCGCCGCCCUUCGCGCUUACGUGUGCGCCAUGGAGAGCGGCAUGAUCGGCAACAUCUGGUCACCGACAGCCGUCGGAUCUCCCAACGUUCUCUCCCCAUCCGCGACUCUCGUAGCGCAGCCAAACCGUAGUAACCCCAACACCCACCGCCCCGCGGCUACUAAUGCGCCAUGCGGCAACAAUGCUGACGACUCGAAGCCGAAGAGGAGUCGCGCACCGGUGCGACGCUGCGAUUCUGCUUCGGCUGCGGAAGUGUCGCACGUGGUCGUCGGCGCCGCAGACCCUGGGGCCGCGCCGCCAUCCCUCGGCAGGAGCAGGACGAACACCGAGGCGCCUCGAAUCGUGACGCGGUCGCAGAUCUCCCCGCCGCCGUCCCUCGGUACAACCGUUGCCGCCGCCGCCGGCAAGAGCAGGACGACAGCUCGGUCGCACAACCGGACGCGCUCCGUCAGCUGCAUUCAGUCCAGCGGGCUCGAGUUCCACUUCCCAUUGUCACUCGCGCAAGGCGGCGCGCAGGGCGGAGCACAUGGCGGAGCGCAAGGACGCGCGCAUGAAGUAAUCACGUCUCCGCCAGCUGGCCCUGGGCUCUCCGCCGCGAGGAAUGCGGUCACUGCCGCAAACGACGGGAAGGUGAAGCUCACCCGCGCUCUCACCGAGCGCGAAGGCGCGAGUGGCGGGAGUAGCGGGAGUGGCGGGAGUGGCGCGGGGAGUAGCGCAGCGGGUUCGCGGCGGGAGUUUAUUCGCAGCCGAACCGCUUCUGAGCGAGUGGGGAACUUCGACAAUUCUCUCUCUCCGCGAGCAACCACCCGCAGCCGCAGCCCUAAAAGCUUUGUGGCUUCCCCCGAAGCGCAGCGCGCACCACCGCUCCCCGCCCGAUCGAGCCAGGGUUCCGCGAUGGCGCCGCCAGCGCCCUCCGCAGCUCGCGGUUUCCCCGAUCUGUACCCAGAUUGCGGUAAUACCGAUGGUAGCCCGCGCGACCCGCUCCGCAAGAGCGACUCGGAUGCCUCCGUCGAUGACUUGUACCCCAGCCCAGGCGCUGUCUUUCCGCGAUUUGCCACCAUCGGCGACGUUUCAUGCGCGGAGGGCUUGGACACUGUCGGUAACGAUAAUGUUAACGGUAACGCUAAGGCCAAAAAAAAGUUGCAUCCGGCGUUAUCCCGUCGCUCCCGUUCUGCGGGCUCUCAGUCAGCCGCCGCAUUGGCCGCUAGCAUGGGUAUCGAGCGCGGGGCGGCGGUGACCGGCGCAGAUGUCGGCGGGAGCGGCGGAUCGCGCACGGGACCGCCUGUAGUGCAGCUCGCGCCGCGGAUGGGCUUUGUGGAUUGGGCGGGAAUCGGCAGCCCGAAAACAGCCGGAACUGUCGGCGGUACCAGCUUCGGCGUCAGUAGCGGCGGCGCCAGCGGCGGCGGCGGGGGCAGCGGUGCGAGCAAGCUGAGGCUACAACCGUUGGACAGCAGCAAGUCGCCUUCUUCUCCCAGUCCUUCUCCGCGCUUCCCCGUAGCCAUUCCCUCUCCUUCCGCCGCCUCCCAACUACCCGCGGGAUUUACGCCUGGCUCGCGGAGCCUUCCCCCAUAUUCUGCUGGUGCUCCCCCGCUCUCCCCGCUCGGCCGCGCUGGCGCUGCCAUAGUUCCCCGCCCCACCCACCGCCGCGCCAUAAGCGCCGCACAGUUGUCCCCGCGUGUGCCUUCCCCGUCUGCGCGCCUAGUUCGCCCGCCGAGCUCGCCUUCUGUCGCGGGGAAGGCGCCAGGUGCAUCAGCGCCCCUUAACGCCGCCGCCGGCGCAGGGGGGACCAGUCGCUCCGCGUCCGCAUCCGCGUCCGUGCCCGCGAUCGCACGUUCUUCUCCCCGUGCGCGCAUCGUGCAAUCGGCGACGGCGCCUUCUUCCGCGGCACGCGAAGCUACGGCGGAGGAUGGUGGCGCAUAUGCGGAGAGUACCUGCGCAACUGUGAAUCGCGCGGGGAAGCCAAUGCCGCGGAGCAUGAGCGCGGAACCCGUGCUUGCGCAUCCCGUGGCACUUGAGGCGCAGGCGGCGCAGACGAAGCAGAAUCAUGUGGGGCAGCCGCAGCCGCAGCCGCAGCAGCAGCAGCAAUUGCAAGGCAGCAGUCGCGAGCAUGUGGGGAACUACCGGCGCGCGGCUCCCACGCCUCUCGCGGUUCCUUCGCGGCGCCGCAACAGCAUGUCCAGCAUGCCUCAGGGCGACGCAGCUUCGAAAUCUGCGCUUGCGGGAUUAGCUGCGGCGAAUGGCGGCGUGCGCAUCGGAAGCGCUAGGGGGCAGGGUUCACCAGGCGCAGGCGCAUGGCCCGCGCGCAGCCCUGUGGGGACAGCAGGGGGAAGGUUGGAGGGAACUAGCGGCGAAGUGCUGCGGCCGUCGCAGCGGCAAGCGCUGCGUUUGGGCGAGCGGGGACGACGCUUUCGCAAAGCCUACCCACGCGAACAUCAAGCACCGCCCAACCUCCAGCGCGGUUCUCUCACGGUUCCGCGCCGAACAGCCCAGCCGAACGCUCACGUGCCAUCCAGACCGAAGCUGCAGGUUCGGCAUCCACACUCGCGAAUGCAGCAGCCCGGCUAG